AUGACCCGCUGGACGUCCCUUCCGGCAUCCAGGCCACAUAAAUCUUCCCCCUGCAGUCCAGUGGCCUGCCGCCAGCAUCUAAGUACCUGGGCCCUGGCCUUUUCCGCCUGGAGGGCCCAGGAAUAGCCAUCUUCUUGGUGCAGUACCCGGGGUCCCUACCACCCCCGGCUCCCUGCCUCUUGGCCCAGGCAGAAGCAGCAUCCACCAUCACAGUCCCAGGCCUCAGCUCCUCAGACCUAUGGAGCCGCCCCCCGUGGAGCCGGCCGAGGGGUGAGCCAGGGCCCCCCCAUUCCCGGGAUGACCUCGGCUGGCAGGGAACCCUACAGUAUUGUGUCAUCGGAGGAGGACUGGCUGCACCUGGUCACCAUGUCAGGGGCCAACGGUUUCGGCAUCGGCAAGGUGCACACGCGGCGCCGGUGCCAGAACCGCUUCGUCAAGAAGAAUGGCCAGUGCAACAUCGAGUUCGCCAACAUGGAUGAGAAGUCGCAGCGCUACCUCGCUGACAUGUUCACCACCUGCGUGGACAUCCGCUGGCACUACAUGCUGCUCAUCUUCUCGCUGGCCUCCUUCCUCGCCUCCUGGCUCCUGUUCGGCGUCAUCUUUUGGGUCAUCGCCGUGGCACACAGCGACCUGGAGCCGGCGGAGGGCCGUGGCCGCACGCCCUGCGUGAUGCAGGUGCACGGCUUCAUGGCAGCCUUUCUCUUCUCCAUCGAGACACAGACCACCAUCGGCUACGGGCUGCGCUGUGUGACAGAGGAGUGCCCGGUGGCCGUGUUCAUGGUGGUGGCGCAGUCCAUCGUGGGCUGCAUCAUCGACUCCUUCAUGAUCGGUGCCAUCAUGGCCAAGAUGGCUCGGCCCAAGAAGCGGGUGCAGACGCUCCUGUUCAGCCACAACGCGGUGGUGGCCCUGCGCUACGGCAAGCUCUGCCUCAUGUGGCACGGGGGCAACCUGAGCAAGAGCCACAUCGUGGAGGCGCACGUGCGGGCCCAGCUCAUCAAGCCGUGGGUCACCGAGGAGGGCGAGUACAUCCCGCUGGACCAGAUCGACAUCGACGUCGGCUUCGACAAGGGCCUCGAUCGCAUCUUCCUCGUGUCCCCCAUCACCAUCCUGCAUGAGAUCGACGAGGCCAGCCCGCUGUUUGGCAUCAGCCGGCAGGACUUGGAGACGGAUGACUUCGAGAUCGUGGUCAUCCUGGAGGGCAUGGUGGAGGCCACGGCCAUGACCACGCAGGCCCUCAGCUCCUACCUGGCCAACGAGAUCCUGUGGGGCCACUGCUUCGAGCCUGUCCUCUUCAAGGAGAAGAGCCAGUACAAGAUCAACUACUCCCACUCCCAUAAGGCCUACGAGGUGCCCUCCACACCCCGCUGCAGCGCCAAGGACCUGGUGGAGAACAAAUUCCUGCUGCCCAGUGCCAACUCCUUCUGUUACAAGAACGAGCUGGCUUUCCUGAGCCGCGAUGAGGAAGAUGAAGCAGAUGGAGACCAGGAUGGCCGCAGCCCCCAGGCCCGGCAUGACUUUGACAGACCUCAGACCGGUGGUGGCGGCCUCGAGCAGCGGCCUUACAGACAGGAGUCAGAGAUCUGA